AUGGCACCGAACAACGUCGAUCCCGGAAUUGUGGCGUAUGGAGGGGAUGACUACUUCGCCGGAGGCCGUGGUCAGGAAUCGAAGAAACAUCAAGUAUCGAGCAAUGAACGCUACUUGGACUACACCGAAACCCCCUUGGAUGUUGGUCCAACCCUCGAUAGCCAUCGGGGCUUACUGAGCGAGUCAGUUUUGAUUUCCGAUAAAGGCAGCAGCCGGCCGGAGGAGAAGAGCCCAGUUCAUCAAGUUGCAGAUGCGAGAUGGCGUCCGAAAUGGCUUCGGCCCAUCGUUCUCUCGAUCUUUCUCGCCAUCUUCGUUGUGUUCACAGUUGCACUUCCAGUGAUGCUGUGGUACUCUCAGAACAACAGCGGUCUCGUCCAAACGCGGCAAAGCUAUGUUUACCUGUGGCGUUUCGGUCCUACAGCGCUUCUCACAAUGGUGUCUAUUUUCUGGGGUAGAGUCGAGCUGCAAACAUUGAGAUAUAUGCCUUGGAUCGCGCACCGCCGCUCGCAAUUGCUGGGCACGCAAACGGAUGUCUACAACCUCGACUACACCGCCAUGCUGUCGCCAAUGAUUCUCUUUCAGUCAUUUCGUAACAAACACUACCUCGUCUCUUGUAUCGCUAUAGUUUCCCUCAUCCUCAAGCUCCAGAUCGUUCUGGCCCCAGGUCUUUACAGUCUUGCGAAUGUCAGGGUCGCAGAGCCGACCGGUGUACAACUUCUCGAUUCGUUCAACACAACGACCCGAACGACGCAGGUUACGGAUGGCAGCGCGUUCUACAUGUUCAAAGCCCUCGACAGCUUCAACAUGCGAUACCCCUUCGGCGUCACAGAAGACUUGGCGUAUCAGACGUUCAAGUUCGCCAACGGCACAGCCAGAGGAAGCACCGAUGCCCCUUUGAGUGUCGUUGUCGACGGCUACUUCUCCGAGAUGCAGUGCCUGAAGCUGGAAGACUAUGAGGCCUCCGACCCGGUCGUGUCCAGCCGGGACUACUACGCCUACAACGUCAGCCUCAAGUUUCCUGGUUGUGACCAGAGAAUCACGUCCGAAACCGACCGCAUCAUGUGGACCGACCGCUUGAACAAGAACGCAGGAUCGGUCGGCAACUGGGUUAUGAAGAUGACAGUCGGCAAACCGUGCUCGAACCUGCCGCAGCAGAACAACCAAUCCCUCUACUUCGCAACCAGGCUGGGACCAUCGGCGAGCAACUCCUCUCAGCCUGCUUUCAUCGACUUCGCGGGCGUCCUCUGUACUUCGACUUCCUGGGUCUCGAAAGUACAAGUCAUCGAUGACGGCGUUUCUCCGAAAGUCACAGCGUUGUCGGACGAGGCCAAGAUACCCGUGGUCGCCGACCUUUGGAAUAUGCUCUCGUUGUCUAUGCCUGAGAGCGGUGGGAGGUGGACUACAUCCGGAACUGGCAGAGUCUACGGGCCCGUCUCAUCGUUGACCCAGAUCAAGGGCGAAGCUUUGGGGACGGCAGUGGAUGUUACGAACCCGGCAUUAUACACAAACGACAUCCUGUACACCGCGGUAAUGACCAUGGCGCAUAACUUUGCCCCGUUACUUGGUCACUAUCGACUCCGACAAGAGGACGAAUCAUCGCCAUCUUCUUCGGGCUUCACAAUCUCCAGUACCGACAGGCUUAUUGUGAUUCAAUGGGUCUGCAUCGCCAUGGCAGCCUUGUUCGCAGUCCAGAGCAUCAUCAUUGCUGCAGUUCUUGUACGACACACCAGUCGGACUGCAGUGUGGUACCGAGACCCUGCGACUGUCCUUGGCAACAUGAUGUUCUUCCGAGACCAUCCGGACAUCUCGGACCGCAUCGCCCAUGACACGUCCGGACUCGCAACCACCACAACGGAUUGGAGUGAUUGUAGCUCUACGCCUAUGGUACUGAAGACUUCGGCGCGGGCCAUUUCGACAGUUUUUACGCUCGGGGUCAUCUUUGGACUCGUGUUCGCCCUGAGGGUCUCGGAAACUCAAGAUGGGCUCGCGACAGUGCCUGACGAUGGGUACCUUCAUUUCGUGUGGACAUCACUUCCGGCUUUAGUUAUGCUUAGCAUCGCUAUGUAUGCUGGCUGUUGCGACUCCUCGUACAGGGCGCUUGCAACCUUCUCAAAUCUCUCAACCCGAUCAUGCAGCGCGAAGGAGGUUGAUGUCUCGCUGUUGGAUAUGCUUGGUCUUCGCGCCCUUUUCUACUCUCUGAAGCAGCGAGUCUGGGCCGUCACACUCUCGCAGAUUCUCGCCAUCAUCUGUGCCUUCCUCACAACCCUUGUAUCCGUCGUCUUCACGGUUCAGUCUAUCCCUCAAACAUCAGAUAUCCAGUUGCAGCAAACAACCUGGUUUGGCGCUACCGAGAUCGGGAGAGGGUUGGACGGACUGAAUGUCGCUCGAAGCAACCGCCAGAUGAUCAGCAGUCUUGUUUCUCGCCAAGGCGAAGCCGCGCUGACCUACCCAAAGAACACAUACGACGACCUCGUGUUCCCGGUUUUGGGAGGCCUCGAGGACAUACCUCUGUCGCCAAACACGACCAUCAGAGCCACCAUACCAGCCGCCAAGCUUCACCCAGUCACCUGCUCGAAAGUGCCCCCAAGCAACUACAAAGUCAACGUCACCAGCUGGACGGAGGAAACCACCUACUUCCAGGCUGCCGUCACCCAGCCGUUCACAUGCCCGAACGGUACCCAGGCCGAACUUCUGGACAUGCUAUAUCCGAGCGCGGGCACAUUCUUACUGGGCACCUCGUUCGUUGCCGAUAUCUUUAAAUCGCCAGAGAACGUCAAUGACAUCAACAUGCCUUGCGGUAUGGGUCUCAACGCAAGCGAUUACGAGUACGCACCCUGGCGGGUUCAGACCUAUGCCUGGGGCGAGUUCUCCAAAGAGAAGAAAGGCUUCGAGUCCUUGUCGGUGUGGAAGUGCAACUACACCUUCGUUGAAGUAGCCACCGAGGUCACUUUGGCUGCUGAGAAUGGUGCAUACGUCUUGGAUCCGGAGAUUGCACCGAAACCCGAUCUGUCGACCAUCAAGCCGUGGAGCCCUUCUCUGGAUUUACCCCAUGUCGACGGACAAUUCCUCUCCCGGGAUGUCGGAGACUCGUAUCCCUCGCUCACAAUUAUUGAUGUCCUUGCAGGCACGAUCGCUUCGCAGUUCAAAGUUCUGAUCAAGCCCUACGGAAGGUUUCCUUUGGUAGACCUGGGCAACUCAAACCAAGACGAAGGGAUCCUGCAGGAUCUUCACCACAACUACGGAUUGGUCUCGGCUCAACUCGUCAACAUCGAAAACCGCUACAACAUGACAGCCAGCUCACAGACCAGUCCUCCUCCUGCUGGCGGGCUACCUGCUUUGGGUACAACAGUCAUCGACAGCAGCCGGCGCCGUCUUGUACAAAAUGCCGUGGUCACGUACGUCCUGGUCGCCAUACUCAGCAUCGUAGCCGCAGCGAACAUCUGGGCGUUGUGUUCAGCACUGUCUCGACGCUACGUGGGCAGGACUUGGCCGUUUGAUAUGCAUGUGAGGGGCUUGGCACCUGACGGUUUCCAUAGCAUGGCGGCGAUGUCGGCUUUGCUGAGAGGCUCUAACGCACCUGAUCACCUGCCUGAGAACACGGAACUGCUGUCAUCCGACGAGUUGCACGGUCGACUUGCUGACCUCAACUUCAGCUUGGGGUGGUUCCAGAGGGCGAUGAGUCAAACAAAAGUCUUCACAGUUGGUGUUAGAGGGGACUCGGAGUUCCAGUUUUUGGGGGCCAAGGCACGUAAAGUCGGAGAACAAUGA